CAGUCUCAUAAUAUACCCUAUCUUUUCUGGUAAAUUAGUCUCAAAUAUGAACGGGACACAAGAAUCUUCGUCUGCUGCGAGUGCGCAGAGACAGGUGCGUGUGCAGCUUGUCAGCAAACAGGAAGACAUUGCGCUUCCUGAGAAUACCGGCCCUAUCUUGGUUCCUACUGGUCUGCGCAGAUAUGCACUCUCGACGCUAGUUAACAACCUGCUGGGAAACGACAAGCCGGUACCUUUCGAGUUCCUGAUCAACGGAGCAUUCCUCCGCACUUCCAUCGAUGAAUAUUUGACGGCCAAUGGCAUUUCCGCUGAAACGACUCUGGAGAUCGAAUAUAUCAGAGCCUUGAUUCCCCCACUUCACAUCGCUUCUUUUGAGCAUGAUGAUUGGGUCAGCGCCGUGGACGUGCUCUCUGCGACAUCAUCUGCUGCCUCUUGGGCAUCGUCAUCCAUCCCUCAAGGCCAAGAAAGAAUCCUCUCCGCUAGCUACGAUGGCUUGCUUCGGGUGUGGAAUAUGUCUUCUCAGAUAGUUGCGACCUCCCCGUCUGCUGUGGACGGUGGACACAGCGCAUCCAUCAAGGCCGCCAAAUUCUUGUCUCCCAACUCGAUCGUCUCCGCCGGUCUGGAUCGCACUGUGCGUCUGUGGAAGUACACUGAGAGCGAAGAUGGGUUCUCUGGAAAGAUUGCUCCUCAGCUUGAGCUGUACGGUCACAAGUCCGGCAUCAACUCAUUGGCUGUGCAUGCCCCUUCGAACCGCAUCCUAACCGCCUCUUCCGACCACGCUGUUGGUUUCUGGUCCGCUAAGAAAUCAGACGCCCCGGCCGCCCCAGAGAAUCUACUGCCCUCUGCCGCCUCUAGAACCUCCAAGAGAAGAAAGUUGAACUCCUCCGUCAGCGCUCCUCAGCGCGGACCCUUGGCUCUGCUCUCCUCCCAUACCGCUCCAGUAUCGGCCGCCAUUUUCGAUGCCAAAGACUCAACCGUCGGUUACUCAACUUCAUGGGAUCAUACUCUUCGCACGUGGGAUCUGGUCACUGCGGCGCUUGUCGACACUCGGUCAACGUCCCACUCGCUUCUCUCCCUCGAGCAUCUCCCCGAGCACCACCUCUUGGCAACAGGAACUUCCGCCCGCCACAUCACUCUCAUUGACCCCCGUGUCUCGGCGACAACUAUCUCUGCCAUGACCCUCCGCGGCCACACGAACGCUGUGGUCUCCUUGUCUCGCGAUCCCCACAGCAGCUACGGCCUUAUCAGUGGUAGUCACGAUGGGACAUGCCGCAUCUGGGAUAUCCGCGCCACCAAGACAGACAAGGAGGGUGUCGUUGGAGAGAGCUUCUACUCGAUCACCCGGAAGAGCCUUGAGGAGGCGGGCAAAGCCGACGCCAAGCGCGUGGGUGGCGAAGGAGUCAAGGUCUUUGGCGUGUGCUGGGAUCGUUCCGUUGGCAUUGUCAGUGCCGGUGAGGACAAGAGGAUCCAGAUCAACCGGGGAGAAGGUGUUCUGUCUUCCGCGUGAAGCAAGUGUUGCACAUAUGGUUCUGGCGUUCUUUCCAUUGUAGGAUGAAAAAGUUUGGUAUUUGGCUUCUAUCGGAGUCCACUUGUAUGAGUUGGCAUAUCUUUUAGCAAUGCACCACUAAUUGCUUCUUCGG